AUGCGGCUGACUCAUGUAAUAAUUCCUUUUGGCUCACAUUUACUUAUGCUAGUGUAUUUACAAAACUGUCUUGCAUCUGAAGAUGAUUUAUAUUUAGACAAUUAUCAAGAGGAUUCCAAGUUGCAAUUCAGUGAACUUGCUACAAAAUAUGGCCAUCCGGCUGCAGAAUACGAGGUGGUCACAGAAGAUGGAUACAUUCUCUCUCUGUUCAGACUCCCCAGUUAUAGUUAUAGUCGCGUUCCAGUAUUACUGACUCACGGUAUCCAAGGAACAGGAGACGCCUGGCUAUUGAGAGGCAAACAAUCUCUUGGCAUCACCUUAGCUGAUAAAGGCUACGACGUAUGGAUUGGUAACUUUAGAGGCAAUAGAUAUUCUAGAAAGCACAAAUAUCUGAACCCUGAUCUCGACGACAGUUACUGGAAUUUUAGUUUCCAUGAACUCGGUUAUUUUGAUCUUCCCGCUUUUAUUGACACAGUUUUAAAUGAAACAAAAGCUACAAAACUGGCAGCGGUCGGUCACUCUGAAGGAAACACUGCAUAUUACGUUCUGGGCUCUACCAGAACAGAAUACAAUUCCAAAGUUAGUGUUAUGAUAGCCCUAGCACCUAUAUGUUUUUUACAAAACACUAAGUUUCCAGUUUCAUUAGCCAUACAGAACGCACCGCUGCUAAAUGCACUGGCAAAUAAAAUUGGUCUCACAGAAGUGCUAGGUGAUAAAACCAUUUUAGGAAGACUCCUGUAUAAGAUUUGUUCCUUACCGCUACUUGGUUACGCCUUUUGUGUAUUUGGAUUAUAUUUUCCUUUAUUUGGUUACGAUCCAGCGGAGGUGGGACCAGACUUUUUUAAAGACGUGGCUUCUCAUUUCCCAUCUGGAAGUUCUUGGAAAAGUAUUGGCCACUAUAUACAAGUUGGUUACAGAAAAGAAUUUGCUCUUUAUGACUACGGCUCUCAGAUUAAUGUGAAAGUCUAUAACACCUCAGCACCUCCUGCUUAUGACCUGAGUAAAGUAACGAUUCCAGUUGCCUUAAUAGUUGGCAGAAACGAUCACCUGUCGACAAUCGAUGACGUUGAUAUACUACGAAAACACUUGAGAAAUAUUGUGUCAUAUUAUGUAGUCCCUAGACGAUUGCUUAAUCACGUAGACCACGUGUGGGGGCGACACAUGUAUUUAUAUUUGUUUCCACAAAUAUUAAAAGUGUUGGGUCAAUAUGGAUAA